CAACCGUAGCCAACGAGCAGGAAGCCGACACAGGAAGAGCGGAACGCACAGACAUAAGAGAAGGUUUAUUUUCUUCACGGCGCACUUCAUCCGAUCCGGACACUCACAGCUUUAACAGAAUGAUGCUUCAGCACUCGGGUCCUUCUCUGGCUGACAUCAGCUGCUCCGCCUUGGUUCCUUGCUUCUCCCCUCAAGGCACACUCACCCUGGACGACUUCACCAACUUCACACCCAUCGUGAAAGAGGAGCUCCGGCUGGCAAUCCAGAGCAAGCGACUGUCCAACGGGCUUAGCACCGACAUGAGCUCCGAUGGUGCCAGCUCCAGCUCGGAUCGAGCCUCUGAGCUAACUUCAUACAGGAACGGGGUCAAGCGAGAGUUGACAUCUGAGGAGCAUGAAAGAAGGAAAAGGAGGAGGGAGAGAAACAAAAUCGCUGCCGCCAAGUGCCGCAACAAGAAGAAGGAAAAGACUGAAUCACUCCAGAAGGAGUCUGAAAAGCUGGAGAGCAUCAAUGCCGACUUAAAAGCUCAGAUUGAGGAGCUUAAGCAGCAGAAGCAGCAGCUGGUCUACAUGCUCAACCUGCACCGGCCGACGUGCAUCGUCCGAGCCCAGAACCCCCAGACGCCCGAGGACGAGCGAAACCUUUUCAUCCAGCACAUCCAGGAGAGCACCUUACAACUCCACAACCUCACCUCCACCACCACCUCAUCCGCAUCCACGUCCACAGCAGCGCCUCUCGGCGGAGGACUUCUGACUCUCGAUCAUGUCCAGUGCCCCAGCCACUUAUGAUCGCCCAGAGUGUUAUCUAGGGCUUGCAAUUCUUCCAUCUCCUGCUGCUGAUGUAGGACUGACUGGUUUCGCAGGAGGUGGAGUUGCCACAUACAGACUUAUGACCUGAGAAUGAAACGCCACCUAUGACUCCUCACGCCCACCUGCCGUCCAUAAUGCUGCUAGAGAAAAAGAGAGCGGUGUAAAGUGACCUCAGCACCUUCCGCUCCCUGAACCCGUAGCUGCUGAUUGGACAGGAGUGAGAAAUGAUGGACAGCACUUUGACUUGCAUUGUGUUUCUUUUUUUUUUUUAAACAUUUUAAACAGUCAGGGCCAAGAACAGAUGCUAAAGCACUUAAACAAAGUUCAACAGCUUUUCUUGAUUUAUUAGUAUUUUGAAUAGUCGAUGGUCUGAUUUUUGUACCAAAGCACGAUUUCAAGGUGAUCAAGGCACAUUAUUUAAGAGUUCACCCCGACAGUAAGGAGAUUCAGAAUGACUGUGUGAGUGUGUACAGAUGCAAGUCACUGACUUUAAAAAGAAGCGGUCUCUGUUUAGUGUACAGCAAAGAUGACAUAUUUAUUAAAUGAUUACUGUAUUUUAGGAUGUUGCUGUUUUAACCCUGUCUGCUUGUCCUGUAUACAAAGUGAAUUGCUAAAAACGCUGCUACUACUAACCACUCAGGACCUAGGUAUGCUAUAGACGUCCGUUUUGUUAUACAUAAUAUGAGAUGACUCGUCCAAAAGCAUGAGUACGGGUCGGGUUCCUUGCUGUGAGUGUAGCAGACACAAAAGGGAAAUGUACGUUGCAGGCAGGGUUUCUAAUUCUGCACUUAAUGAAAAAAGCCUAGUACAAAAGACAGUGUAAUCACAUGUAUAGAUAAGUGUUUUGUUGUGGGUUUUUUCUUAAGAAUUCAAUAUUUUAUGGCAAUCACAAUUGCCCAAUGGACACUUUAUUUAUCACUGUGUUCUCUCUUAAAGCAAAGGGGAUUUUUUUUCAACCUGUUCUGUGACAAUGAAGCUACAUAAGUGUUAUUUUACAGAUGUGUUUUCUACCCAGUGUCUUGUAUAAAGUAUCAAAUGCAUAUUAACUAUGUGCUGCUGUAUGUAAACACCAAUGCCUCCUUUGGUCUCAACAGAGCAAAACCAAAAGUUAUUUUUUUAAAAAUGUAUUUAUUGAAAACAUUUGGUCCGGAUGUUGUGUUCAUUAGAUAUCGUUAGCUAGGUAUCAGAAGCGCUGCAUCAGUUUACUCUGAAGUUAUGCAAGAUUUGUUGACACGUUAGAAUCUAAGUGUGUCGUGAACUUCCACUGUUUGAAAACGAACUGCCAAAAUAGUUGUUGUUCACUUGCACACCCUUUUCCAUUGUAAAAAAAAAAAAAAAAAAAUAGCCCAAGGAAAAAAGCAGUUUAUUGCUCAAACAGAAAUUUGACAAGCACGAUGAUUGCUGUUUGUUGUUUAUUGGCAGUAAAAUAAAGCCAAACAUGAGAUCAGAAGCCCUUUAUUCCUGAGCGACACUCUAACUUCUCAUUCUCAAUCAAACUGAAACUCUGACGCACAAAGCGAAGGAUGAGUACAUACCAGAAGGGGUUUCCUUUGACAGAAUAAUAAUGAAUUUUGUAGACUGAAGUUGUAUUCCUCUGUUAGAAGGUUUAUAUUGUUGUAUGUGUUGUGCGAGAGUCACAUUGUUAAAGGGACGCAGGCGUCUUUGUGGUCAUAGUACUUUUGUCACCUGUUGUCCCGAUGCUAGUCAUUACUAGAUAGUCACUGAGCACUGAGUGCAUGUAUUCAUAUUGUGCCUAUUUCUACUACUGAAGACUUUUUUUUUCUCUAUAGCUGUGUCAUAGCAGAAAUAAAUAAAGGAUGUCAGGUACAACUGCACUGCUACUAUCACUGUGUAACUACUUCCAUCUCUGUUUUGAUUUUUGAUACUUUGAUAAUUAAAGAUGUGAACUGAAAAUGCGA